CGGCUGCGGAGGACCGGCGCGCGGCGGGAAGGUGGCGGAGGAUCUGAGGGGGGCCGGCCGAGAAGAGGGAAAAACGAACUGGUCCCCACUCGUGCAGUCGGCGAAGGCGCCGGUGGGUCGUUACGUGCGUGCUACACGGCGAUGGCGGCGACCUACGCUUGGUGAAUCUUCGCUGACUCCUCGUGACAGCGGCUCGCAAGGGAUAUCGGCCCGUUCUUGUGUGACACUCGAGGAUUGCCGGUGUGUGCGUGCGUGCUUGUUUUGCGACCGACUGCGGCCCUGCCAUGCAUCUGGACGGCAGGCUUGCAAGCUGGUGGGCCGUCUGCACCGCAGUGGCCGUGACGCUGACGACGAGGCCGAGCUGGGCGCAGGCACUGCACUACGAGGCGCGCGACGUGGUGGAGGGCGAGAGCCUGCGGCUCACGUGCCACUUCAACCCGGCGCUGGCGAGCCGCAACAUCCUGUACUUUUGGUACCGGUCCAGCGGCGACAGCCGGGAGAACGCGGCCAUCAGCGGCAGCCCUCUGGACCCUCACUACAGCGUGGACUACUUCCCCAACGAGGGCCGCUACGACCUGAUCAUCUCCAGGGCCCAGUACGAGAAGGACAACGGGCCCUUCGAGUGCACGCUCAAGGAGGUUGGCAGUGGCGCCGACGUACACACCUACGCCUACAAAGUCACCGUGCUCAUUCCCCCCGGCGAGCCCCGGAUCAGCCCGAGCAGUCCGACGGCCCGCGAGGGCGAGGCCUUCGCGCUCACGUGCGCCAGCGAGGGCGGCAGUCCGGACCCGGAGAUCCAGUGGUACCGGGACGACGUGCCGGUCGACUCCACGCUCCAGAAGGGCGGCGGCAGGGACAAGCCCACGGCGGCCGUGCUCACGCUCACGCCGGCCAGGCAGGACGACGGCGCAAACUUCCGCUGCCACGUCUGGAACAGGGCCAUGCCCGAGGGAGCCGGACACGAGGCCCGGACCAGCCUCAGGGUCUACUAUGCCCCCAAGGUGACGGUGGGGCCCCACAACCCGCUGAACGUUAUGGUGGGAGGGGACGCCACCCUGACUUGCUCGGUGUCUGCCAACCCGCCCGUGCGCUCGGUGCGCUGGAUGAAGCGGGGCCAGCUGCUCUCCAACACUCACAACCACACCAUCCCAUCUGUGACACCUGAGGACAGCGGGGACUACGCCUGCAUCGCUGACAACGGCAUUCAGCAGCCCACGCAAGCCGACCUUCGUCUCAGCGUCCUCUACGGCCCCCGGGUGAACGUGCUGCCUGAGCAGGAGUCCUCCUUGGGGGAGAAUGUGGUUGUCAAGUGCAACGUGGCCUCCAACCCGGAGCCCCAGUCGGUGGUGUGGACCAAGGAAGGGGACGCGGAGUUCUCCCUCAAGGGAGACACCCUGCGCGUGGACCGGGUCACCGCCGAGGACGCCGGCACCUACGUCUGCAGGGCGACCGUCGUCAUGAGGCCCUCGGCCACCGCCAUCCACACCGAGGUGGUCGGCAACGACUCGGUGGUGCUCCACGUCCGACACAAGCCCGGGGAGGCUGAGAUCUUGCCACAAGGUCCGACGGCAGUGUCCGGACGUCCGUUCACGCUGUCUUGCUCGGCGCGUCCCCCCGGCUGGCCCCGGCCCGAGUACCGCUGGUGGCGGGAGGGGCAAGAGCACAUUGACCUGGGACACAGGGCCAACCAGAGCUUCCUGUCGGUACACAGCAGCCACGAGGGGCGCUACUUCUGCCAGCCACACAACAACCUCGGCAAGGGAUCCAUUGCCUCUGUCUACCUCGCCGUCAACGAGGCCGCCACCAUCGUGGUACCCCUGCGGCCCCAGAUCAUCCGCAAGACGGGCGACACGAGCCAGUCGGUCAGCUGCCGUGCCCGGGGCAAGCCCAAGCCGCAGGUGCACUGGACCCACCGAGACAAGCCGCUUCAGCCGGGGCUUGAGUCUCGGUUCGAUAUCAAGACCGUGGAGAACCUCGAGGACAACGACGUCUUCUCCGUCCAGAGCACCCUGACCUUCCAGCGGCCCCUCACCCCCGAAGACCGGGGAAAAUAUGCGUGCCACUUCGACAACGGAUUCGGCGGGGCCGUCGACUCGGAGAUGCUCCUCAGGAUCGAACAUCCUCCGCAAGUGCGGCACACAUACAACAGGGUGGCCUUCGACCCGGGAGACACGGCGAUCCUGCGCUGCCAGAUGCAGGCCUACCCCGAGCCGACCUUCGAGUGGGCCUUCCAGGGACGCAUCCUGGAACGCUACUCCAACUACGCCACCAACGUGACUGACCUCAAGGACGACCUGUACGCCGGCGUGCUCUCGGUGGCCGACGUCAAGGAGGCCGACUACGGGGACUACACCUGCCGCGCUUGGAACCAAGUGGGCGACGUCCAGCGCACCAUUCUCAAGCUCGUCAAGAAGAGUGCUCCCGACCCUCCGGACCGUCUGCACGUCAUCAGCAGCGACUCGGACAAGGUGACCCUGCAGUGGACCGAAGGAUUCAACGGGGGAUUCGGCAAUACGGAAUUUGUGGUCACCUACACCAAUGUUGCUACCGGACAGACCAAGAACGAGUCUUGCCGGACCCACAACCCUUGUCCCAUCACUGGCCUGGAACCCAAAGCUGAAUAUGUGAUGAAGGUUGUUGCUGUGAACCCGCGGGGCUUCAGCUCGUACUCCGAAGAGAUCGGUGUCCAGACGAAAGUGAACUUGAAAGACAUGCCGCGGCCCCUGUCGGCUCAGUACGACCAGGAGUCGAGUCGGGUGUACUUCACGGUGGACUCGAGUGCGGAGCAGCUGGUGGCCCGGGUGGAGGGACGCCCCAGGGGCCAGGAACAGUGGCGGCCCCUGGUGGAGACUGAGGUGGACCGCCCCCAGCUGUCUGUGGAGCUGCCCUCGCCGGGGCCCGCCCUGGCCGACGUCCGCGUCCUGCUCUGCCUCCAGAGCAACGUCUCCUGGUGCGGGGACGAACGCCUCGCCGAACCUUUCGAUGAAUUUGCGCUGACGACGGAGAGCAGCUCCCAUCCCGUGGGUGCCCCUGUGUCGAUGAUGACCGUCAAUGUCGUGAUCAUUGUGGCUGUGGCCGCAGGCCUCUUCUUCCUCCUGGUGCUCAUCUUUGUCUGCUGCUGCUGGAAGAAGAAGGCCAGCAAGGUCAUCAAGAAGGACUAUGAGUCGGAAGUGCAAAACGCGAGGCCCAAGGUUAUCAGUGGACCGUACUACCACGACGACGUCGGAAAAGGAAUGGACGCCAACGGAGACGACAUGAACAAGCACGCCAUCUAUGCCGGCAGCAUGGGGAGCAUGGGAAGCUCCCCUCACACUGUCAGCGGACACCAUGGAAGCCAGAUGAUGUCCAACGGCAUGCUGUACGGCUCCUCGGACAUGCUGGACGGCAUGCACGGGGGUGGCGGCAGCGACGGGCCGGGGGACCUCUGGGUGAAGGCGGGCCAGGGGGAGGCUCCCCCGCCCCCCGAGUCCUCCUACCAGCCGUACGACUCGCGGCUGCCCUCGGGCUACUACUACCAGGACGACUACCAGGGGCUCAACGAGGACGUCAUGAACCUCAAGAACAGGGAACACCUACACUCGCCCUAUUACGAUGUGAGUGGCCUCCCAGAUCCGUACGCUGCAAUGGGCGACGAGGACAAGAAUCAACAGAUCUCGCUGUCCUUCGACGAAAGCCUCGAAUCCGGCUACUCCACACCGAACUCUCGGAAUCGCCGCAUCGUGCGAGAGAUCAUCGUGUGAGAGAGGUGUUGCGGAAGCGGGGAACCCCCUUUGAAAGACAGCAGAGUCUGUGGAUGGACGCUCAGAAGCUCUCAAGAUGUGCAUGAGGUGUGUGCGUGGCAAAAAAGCCUGUUGGAGCUUAGAAACUGUGCGCAAGGAAGGACUUGUUCGGCACUGUUGCAUCUGUGACAAGCUGGUGUGCCUUUGGUAAACCAAGGGCAGCAGGAGGAAGGAGGAGCUUACAGAGUGUGCCACCACCUGUGUUCUUCAUCUUCAAGGGAGCCUGCGUUGGCAAACUGGCGACGACCACGCGUGACUGUCUCGUCGCCCUUACAUCAUGUGUUGACUGGCCUCCCUCAAGUUGAAACCAUGCGCAUGCUGUUUUAGGCAUGAUUUGAGCAGAAAGUCCUCAUCGGCAGAGGAACCGAUAAUGACACACAAUCUGCCGGGCGUUGAGAAUGUGGCAUAGUUUGUUUUGCAUGCAUGUGUAUGCUUGUGUUUUUGCUCAAAGUUGCGUAUCUUUGUUCGGGAUGAUAGUAUUGACAUGCUGUUUGAUGUUUUAGUUUUUUUUUCUCUUAUCCCGUUUUUAAAUUGGAGGCGCGUAAAGAACACGAGUCAUACAGUUGUAUGUUUCCGGGGGCCAAACUUUAUUCAGUGUUCUCAUACGCUCAUUCACAUCUCCCAUUUAGCGUAAGGAAUUCAGAGGGCUCAGUGGUUGCCAGCAAUUGGAGUUGCCUGUGUUGCUCAUAUUUACUUCUUCUACAUCUUCAUAGUUACAGUUCAAGGUUAUUAUCAAUGUUGUAAUGCAAGCUCCUUUUUUUUCAGUCUCCUUUAAGGUUAAGGGUGGAAAAGAGAAUGAGGUAACUUGUCGGGACAUUGGUGCUGACAAAAUUUCCGUUGAAUUAGGACAGAAAUUUUAUUAACGGCAGUUUCGUUAGCUCGAGGUAAAACUCCGACAGUUGUGCUGAGUCAAUGCUAUGUCAGCAACAAGUGCUCAUUUUAGCAGUCUAGGUGAUAUGCUGAUUGCACUGCUAUGUUCAUCACACUUUGUAACAUUUGUUAUGUCCAAUGGCUGGCUCUUUUUCUGUGUUCAUCCAUUCAAUCGGUUUUAACUUCCUUGUGCAUUGUGUAAAGGUUGUUAUCCAUUUUUUAACUUUUUUGGUACGUGUAAUGAGAUUUUUAAUGCUCAUAUUUUCAUUUUGUAAAUAACAAAGUGAGGUCACACUUUGUACAGGCAAAUUUUUUUUAUGUGUUUUUGUGUUUAUUAAUAUCAGUGGCUUCUUAAUGGAGUGACCAGCUAGCUCUCUUGCUACUUCAAGUGGUAGGAAUAUACCUGGGAGCAAGAAUGAAGCGUGAAAGCAAAAUGGUUCAAACCCCACAUUCUUAUGCAGAUUUCUAGCUAUAAGCUGACUUCUACUCAAAACAUAACAUUUAAGAAAAAAAGAACUUUUUUUUGUAGUGUUUAGAAAUGCUAAAAUGUAAGCAUCAAAAUGGAAAAUGCUCAUCUCUUAAAUCAAAUGAGUCCACUAUAUUAGAAAAAGUAAAGCAGAUGGCCAUAGUAUUCACAUUUUAAUGAUUAGCCCAGUGUUGUUUUCCAAACUCAGUGUGAAUAAUUCAUUAGUUUUCAUAAGGCAAUAUAAAUAUUGAGCAUUUCUUAAACUUACCAUACCAUGUUGUAGUAGGCUGAUUUUCUUGAUGUUGUUUUCAUUUGGUAUGUUGCACAUGACUGCAGCAAAGCCGUAAAGUAGAGAUCUCAGAACUAGAGGUAUGUUCAGAGUAACAUCACCUGCACAGUACACUGGGCCCGACUAACGGUCCCAAAAUAUAAAGUUGUUUUGUGCAAAUGCCAUGCGCAAUCUUUUUUGUAACGCAGCAGUUUACAAAGAAUGAACUGCCCAAAAUAGCGGAUCGACGAAGUGCAACUGAUAUCUUGCCAACCUCGCAUCCUAUUGCAAUAUCGUAAGGAUUCUACUUGCCUAGACUUGCCCUCGUACAUGAUUAGUGACUAGGAUUUGUAUAAUUCAUGUAUGUUAAGACAGGCAAAGCUGCCAAUGUUUGUCUUAACUUCAGGAAUGUUUAUGGAUUUCUAUAGAGCGUUCAAAUCAGCUUUAUACAUCAGAAUAAUGGUGUACUGGUGUCUAGAAAGCCCUGGGCAUAUAAGUUUAGGGACGACGCAAUCUGUCUGGCUUGUAGUCUCCUCAGUUUUAAUAAAACUGCACAGAUUAAAUGGAGUGAGUCCAGCCACCUGCAGUAAGAGCUUGUGAGCUAAAGUUUGAAACAGCAAAUAGCAUGCAGGUAAAAAUUGCAUGCAAUAGCGUCUUAGGUGUAGCCUACCAGUGCAACGAGCUGACUGCAUUUUUAACAUUUUCAUACUACUAAAGUGCCAGUUGUAUAAUGGUGAACAUCAAGAUGCUUCAACGGUUACUACUUAGGAUGACAUGUUUCUCUCCACACUAUUUUAUUUUUGUACAUGCUAAGAAGCAAACCACUUCAAUGACCUGCACAUUGAAUGGCUUCGGAAGACGAAAAAGAAUGUGCCUUACCAUAUGAUUUUUGUACAUGGCUGUAUAAGUCAAAGUGUUGUUGACAUCUAAAUAGGUGACAAACUGUUAUUCUCAUAUGCCACAGUGCCUUCUGCUCUUCAAUGACACUGUUAGGUCACAACAAACUCUUGUAUGUCAUUGUAAAUAAACAUACAUUCUAUUCUU